AUGGCCGGUGGCGGAAUCACAGCUCUUCUCAUCGUCCUCGUAACGCUUUUCGUGCCGCCCAUUGGUGUAAUAUUCACAGCCGGCUGUGGUAUGGACCUCGUGGUCAACAUCUUCCUUACGAUACUUGGUUUCAUUCCUGGCUUGAUCCAUGGACUCUACGUUCUCUAUAUCUACUACGAUCGACGUGAACAGGCUGCUACAGGUCGCAUCUCGUCAAGUCGCGCGCCAGGUAUCUACAGCGACAAGGUGCAGAGUGGAGCUGGUGCCGGCUACGGCACCACACGUUAUUAG